GGUUUGACUUCAGUGACUUAAUGUGAUAAGUAGAGAAGAACGUAGUUGACGUUGAAAAAUUGAAUCCUCUGUUCGCCAUUUCUAUUGACCUUGAACCCAGAAAAAAGUAUAACAUUCUGCUCCGACUUUUACCAUUGAUCACCAUCGAAAAGAAGCCGAAGUUUAUUUUUGAUUUUCAUCUCAAACACAUCAACAUUUUUUCAUGUUGUGGCAAAAGGAAUCGAACAAAGCAAACGCGUUGUACGCAGACCUUUUUGCUCUGAGCGGAGGAGAGGCAAGAUUGAAGUUAAUGACGAGAAAUCUACGAGCGCAAACCAAACCUGGACAAAAGCCAAUCAAAAACGAUUCAAUAUCGUUGCAAAAGCGAAAAGAAGGAAACGAACACUUUGGUCAAAGCCGUUGGGUUGACGCAUUGGAAUUGUACAACGAAAGUAUUUGCCACGCUCAACCUGGAUCGAAAAACAUCAGCUUAGCGUAUGCAAAUCGUGCGGCUUGUUUCCUCAAAAUGAAACGUCUCGAUGAAUGUCUACGGGAUAUUGAAUUGGCCAAGGAAGCCGGCUACCCAGCGGAAUUGAUGCCGAAAUUGGAUCAGCGAAAGAUUGACUGUUUGAAAGAAAUCAAAGAAGGCCGGUCUCGAUCUGAACAUUUCCGCACCAAAUUGGAUUUCGAACCAAACGAAAAGUUUCCGUGCAUGGCAAAUGUAGUGGACAUUGAACGCGACGCCGAUGGUGAUUACUCGGUCGUAGCCAAAGCAGACAUUGAUAUUGGCCAAACGAUUGUGGUGGAAAAAGUAUUCCUGGUCUACCUGUUCGAGCUCAAAGCACAGAAAUGCAAUAUCUGCUUGAAAGGUUAUACCAACCUGAUCCCGUGUGAAAAGUGUGCGAUCGCGAUGUUUUGCUCCGACAAGUGUCGACACAAUCCGCUUCACGACUACGAAUGUGGCUUGGUAUAUUCAACUAACAGCCAGCUCAACGGUUCGCUGAUGAACGAUGUGAGAGGAAUUUUGCUGGCCAUCAAUAUGUUCUCGACCGCAGACGAACUCGAGGAAUUCGUCGAAGAAACCAUCAAAUCGAACCCAACAUGUUUGCCCGAUUCAUUGUCAAACCAAAAGUCGCAAUACGAAGCGUUCUUGAAAUUGCCAAUCAACGAAAGCAUGAUCAGCCCCGACCAAAUGAUGUGCUUAACUUAUGAGGUGUACAAUCAACUCCUGAAUAUGCCCAAGGUCGAUGCAUUUUUCAGAACCAAAAAACUUCGUCGUUUCUUGAUGCAUCUUGUCUUCUAUCAUAUUCAAAUUCUCGAGAACAAUUCGGUUCAAGGAAGCGUGAAGUUGCUGUCGGGCAUGAAUCAAGGGCGACUUGUCACUUGUUACAAUCCCACGGGACUCAUCGAGAAGUAUUUCAGGCACUCGUGUGCGCCGAAUGUGGUGACGGCUGAGGGUGAUGGAAACCACAUAUUCAUGACAAUUCGACCUAUUAAGAAGGGCGACCGUCUUACAUUCUCCUGCUUCAUGUUCCUGGUGGAAUCGAAAGAUAAGCGGCAAAAAAUCCUAUGGGAACGUCGCAAGAUGAUCUGUUCCUGUACGCGGUGUAAAGGUGUUGCUGCAACGUCGGAAGAGCGACGACAAUUCCUUUUCGACCCCGAUUUCCAGUCUAUUGUACUAACUAAACUUCCUUUGGAUCACAGUAACACCGAACAAAUACAAAAAGUCACCGACAAGUGUGUCAAUUUCUUGAAGAAGUACGAUCGAACUGAAUGGUGCGAUGAAAUUGGUGCGGUUGUUCACAUUUAUAUCCAUCUGCUACUGAGCAACAAGCCUCUAACUUUACCAUUGAGUGCAUGAGAAAAGGACGAAAUACAAAUACUGGAAUUUUCAAGCAAAUCUUUAUUCAGGACUUUGAAACUGAACUGAUUUUCAAACAAUAGCUUCAUUCAUAUCGAUUCCAUUGUAUGUUUACGAUUUUUUUUAUCUUUUCUACAAUCUUCUAACAACCAAUCUUUCUUUUGCUCAAUAAUUCUAUUUUUUUCAUAUCAUAAGAAAUGGUUAAACUCUGAAUAAAAUAAAUGUAUUCUCCGAAGAACAAAUAAA